AUGGGGCACCCUCCUCUCCCUAAUAAACAUCUCCCCGCUGCACCCCGCAGUCUUGGCGGCUUCCCCUGGAACAGCGCGGCUCCCACCAGCUCCAUGCCGAAAGGGAAACUUUGGCGGGCGGCUGGCUUCCUGCCCCUGAGCUCCAGGAAUGUCCCGCCCCCAGCCCCUCCCUCCUGUGUGCUAAAACCCACUGGGGCAGCAGCCAGCGGGCCUUUGUGCGAGGAGGACAAGGACUACGACAGAGAGGAGAAGAAACCUACACUGCCUGCCAUGUGCUACUCCAAGCUCAACCCUGCUGCCUGUGAGACUUUGAGGGACAAAAUGCACCAGAUCUUAGAUAAUUCCGUGGAUGUUAUACUAAGUCAAAUCGCAGCACAUAAACAGGUCCAGUCCAGCAUGGUAGAGCUGGAGGACAAGUUCACUGAGACCUCGCUUGAAGUCCUGGAAACUGAUUACGGGACUGACGAGCCGGAGUCCCCUCUUCUAGAUCAAGAAAUGAGAGCGGAACUUCGCCGCAGGGUGCAGAGGCCCUCUGUCCCGGAAGAGCCAGCGGCCCAGGGGCCCUCUGUCCCGGAAGAGCCAGAGGCCCAGGGGCCUGAGUGGCUGCUGACCUUGUUCCAAGGGAUGAUAGACCGAAUGCUGAAUAGGUGGCAGGACGCGCUGUCCUGGAUGAAGAAGCAGUGGUCAGCCUUUGCCCAGAAGGCGGUCCGUCUCUGGACGGCCAUCUGCAGCAUGUUGGAGCGUUUCCGCUGCAGCCUGAAGGGGUGCUUUUCCUGUUUUCCAUCCAGGUCUAGGGAGCCCGGCCAGGCGGACUGAGGGGCGUGCUGACGCACCUGAGUCCCCAGGUCUCAGACCAAAUCUUCUCACAUGGCCUUUGCCCCCCUGCUCACCCCAACCCCCUCCCUCGGCCCCUCCCUCUCCGCAUCCCAACCACCAACACCCCACCCCACCC